AUGGUUUCUAGCCUUCUGUCUCUGACUGUCACUUUGCUGGGUCUUGUUUCCUCCAGUCGAGUCACCUCCUCAAGCAUUUCUGACUUAAAUUCCAAACCCGCUGGUCAUCCAGGUUUAAGACCGUAUCAUAAUCCAAUCAUCAGUGGUUUUGCUCCUGACCCAUCUUGCACGCGAGUUGGUGAACAGUUCUUCUGUGUAUCAAGUUCGUUUAGCGCCUUCCCUGGUAUUCCGGUGUAUACAUCUCGCGAUUUGGUACAGUGGCAGCAGAUUGGAAACGUUCUUUCUAGGCCGGAGCAACUUCUAACCCUGAAUACGAUCAAUACUACAAGUGGUGGAAUCUGGGCUUGCACUAUUCGUCACCAUGAAGGAGCUUUCUAUGUGACUACGACGCUCGUGAAAGACUUCGAACCGCUAGACUCGUUGGCACGCUGGGACAACUUGAUCUUCACAACAAAAGAUAUAUUUGCGAACAACGGGAAUGGUUGGUCAGACCCAGUGCAUUUCACUUUUCAGGGCUACGAUACGUCGCUAUUCUGGGACGACGAUGGAACGACAUACGUUCAGGGUUCUCAUUACUGGCGUAUCUUCCCUGCAAUACAGCAAUUCGUAAUCGACGUGACGACAGGUGAAAGUCUUAGCAGAGAUCCUGUAACGAUUUGGAAUGGUACUGGAGGAAUGGCGCCUGAGGGUCCGCAUAUAUAUAGGAGAGAUGAUGGGUAUUAUUUACUAAUUGCUGAAGGUGGUACAGGUCUUGGUCAUAUGGUUACAAUGGCACGGGCGCCAAAAGUCACAGGUCCAUACACUUCUUAUGCGAACAAUCCAGUCAUGACGAACGCCAAUACCUCGUUAUAUUUACAGACACUAGGACACGCAGAUGUGUUUAAUGACAGUGCCGGCAACUGGUGGUCCGUCGCGCUUGCGACUAGGAAUGGAACUGUAAACUUCCCAAUGGGACGAAAAACUGUCCUUGUACCCGUCGUGUGGAAAGAAGACAAAUUUCCGGUGUUCAACAAUGCUACUCCAGGGCAUGCAUAUAUCAACAUGUCCGGGCCUCUCCCUCCUUUGCAGCACCAUAUUACCUUCCAUUCCGCUCCAAAUGCGUCGCUCUCCGACCUCCCGCGUCAGUUUGUGUACUAUCGCCUCCCGGAAUUCUCGCGUUUCACCGUCUCGCCGGAUGGACAUCCGAAUACACUGAGAAUUAUGGGUUCCGCAGAGAAUAUCACUGGGAAUGGUGGGAUUGGCACGAGCACCUUCAUUUCACGACGGCAAGAUGCUGUGGAGUUUACUGCAGAGUCGACCUUAGAGUUCGCACCAGACCUGAGUGAUUCGGCCGUGGAAGGCGAAGAAGCGGGAAUGACGUUGUUUAUCCAAAGGAUGCAGCAUUUCGAUUUGGGCGUCAUCGUGGAACGUAACACGUCAGAUAGCAGUCGAUUGCAGAAGUUCAUCCAGUUGAGGACGAUCGAUGCGAAUGCGAGUGCCGAUGGUCUGAGCGAUGUAUAUUCACAAUCUGGGAUGUUACCACUCGCAGAUAAUGUGGAGACAUUAAGACUUCGCGUCCAAGCAGUGAACGCGUCGACAUAUGCCUUUUCUUUUGUCGAGCUGAGGAAUUUUACAAUGACAAAGGAGAGUGACUGGACGACCGUUGGAUAUGGGGCUGCAAGAGAAGUUAGUGGAGGAUUCACUGGCACGCUUGUUGGAAUGUAUGCUACUGGAAAUGGACACAACUCGUCCACGCCAGCCUUCUUCAGCGACUUCAGUUACGAUCCAGUGCAGGGAGUAUUUUGA